CUUGACUUGUUUGUCGAACCGCACCUCAGAUCUUUUCUGCUUUAAACUGUAUUUAUUAGGAUGCAGAAACAGAGAGCAGACCACUCUAGCUGUGUGUCCAUGAAAAGUGAGAAGUCUAUGGAUAAGCCUGUUGUGUUUAAAGAUGAACAACAUCCUGAUGUACGCCUUCUGCAGAAGGGCUCAAAUGUUUCCUGGGGUCUGUCUGCUUCGCAGGAUCAUAAACAGUUAAACUUCAUAUUUAGGGUGCUCAAGUCAGAAAUCUUUACUUUCAUUGGGAAAGAGUUAAAGAAGAUCCAAAGGGUUCUGAGCUCAGAUUGUCCAGAAGACUUGGAAAAUCAGUUAGAGGAUGGGGAUUUGUUGGAGGAUGAGGAUAAGGAUGAGAGGCGGAGCACCAGAGAUGCAGUUGUGAAGAUCACAAUGUACUUUCUGAUGAGAAUGAAGCAGGAGCGGUUGGCUGACUGUCUACAGAAAAAAUUUUUGGCUGCGGUUUGUCAGCGUAAACUUAAAUCUAAGCUGAAAAAGAAAUUCCAGUGUGUAUUUGAAGGGAUUGCUAAAGCAGGAAACUCAACCUUUCUGAAUCAGAUCUACACAGAGCUGUACAUUACGGAGGGAGGGACUGCAGAGGUCAAUGAUGAACAUGAGGUCAGACAGAUUGAUUUGGCCUCCAGGAAACAAGACAGACCUGAAACAACAAUCAGACAAGAAGAUUUUUUUAAAGCCUCAACUGGAAAAGAUGAACCAAUCAGAACAUUUCUUACAAAGGGAGUUGCUGGCAUUGGUAAAACAGUAUUAACACAGAAGUUCACUCUGGAUUGGGCAGAAGAGAAAGCCAACCAGGACAUCCAGUUCAUAUUUCCAAUCACUUUUAGGGAGAUAAAUGUGCUGAAAGAGGAACGAUUUAGCUUGGUGGAACUUGUUCAUCACUUCUUUGCCGAAACCAAAGAAGCAGGAAUCUACAGCUUUGAAGAUUUCAAGAUUGUAUUUAUCUUUGAUGGUCUGGAUGAGUGUCGACUUCCUCUGGAUUUCCACAACACUGAAAUCCUAACUGACCCAAGAAAGGCCGCCUCAAUGGAUGUGCUGCUGGUAAACCUCUUUAGGGGGAACCUCCUACCUAAUGCUCACCUCUGGAUAACCACACGACCUGCUGCAACCAGUCAGAUCCCUCCUAGGUGUGUUGACAUAAUAACAGAGGUCAGAGGGUUCACUGACACACAGAAGGAGGAGUAUUUCAGGAAGAGAUUCAGAGAUGAGGAACAAGCUAGCAGGAUCAUCUCUCACAUCAAAACAUCACGGAGCCUUCACAUCAUGUGCCAUAUCCCAGUCUUCUGCUGGAUCACUGCUACAGUUCUGGAGGAUGCACUAAAACCCAGAGAGGGAGGAGAGCUGCCGAAGACCCUGACUGAUAUGUACAUCUAUUUCUUGGUGGUUCAGGCCAAAAUGAAGAAGGUCAAGUAUGAUGAAGGGGAUGAAACAGAUCCACACUGGAAUCCAAAGACUAGGGCAAUCAUUGAGGCUCUGGGAAAACUGGCAUAUGAACAGCUGCAGAAAGGCAACUUGAUUUUCUAUGAAUCAGACCUGAGAGAGUGUGGCAUUGACAUCAGAACAGCUUCAGUUUACUCAGGAGUGUUCACACAGAUCUUUAAAGAAGAGAGAGGACUGUACCAAGACAAGGUUUUCUGCUUCAUCCAUCUGAGCAUUCAGGAGUUUCUGGCUGCUCUUCAUGUCCAUCUGACUUUCUUCAACACUGGAGUCAAUCUGCUGCAAGAUCAAGUAACAACCUCCAAUACGUCUGAAAUAAGAGAAUGUACAGAGACACACUUCUACCAAAGUGCUGUGAACAUGGCCUUACAGAGUCCAAACGGACACCUGGACCUGUUUCUCCGCUUCCUCCUGGGUCUUUCCCUGCAGACCAAUCAGACUCUCCUACAAGACCUCCCAACAGAAAUAGGAUGUAGUUUACAGACCAAUCAGGAGGUAGUCCAGUAUAUCAAGGAGAAGCUCUGUGAGAAUCUGUCUGCUGAAAGAAUCAUCAAUAUGUUCCACUGUCUGAAUGAACUGAAUGAUCAUUCUCUAGUGGAGGACAUCCAACAGUCCCUGAGUUCAGGAAGUCUUUCCACAGAUAAAUUGUCUCCUGCUCAGUGGUCAGCUCUGGUCUUCAUCUUGCUGUCAUCAAAAAAAAAUCUGGAUGUGUUCGACCUAAAGAAAUACUCUGCAUCAGAGGAAGCUCUUUUGAGGCUCCUGCCAGUGGCCAAAGCCUCCAUCAAAGCUGUGAUGAAUGGCUGUAACUUGACAGAGAGAAGCUGUGAAGCUCUGUCCUCAGUUCUCGCCUCCCAGUCCUCCAGUCUAAGAGACCUGGACCUGAGCAACACCACCCUGCAGGAUUCAGGAAUGAAGCUUCUGUCUGAGGGACUGAAAAGUCCAAACUGUUUACUGGAAACUCUCAGGCUGAAUGGCUGUAACUUGACAGAGAGAAGCUGUGAAGCUCUGUCCUCAGUUUUGACCUCCCAGUGCUCCAGUCUAAGAAUGCUGGACCUGAGUAACACCACCCUGGAGGAUUCAGGAAUGAAGCUUCUGUCUGAGGGGCUGAAAAGUCCAAACUGUUCACUGGAAGCUCUCAGAAUGAGGUCUGGUGAAGUUCAAUGGCUAGGACCAGGUCUGAGGAAGUAUUCCUGUGAACUCACACUUGACACAAACACAGUACAUGGAAAACUCAAACUGUCUGAUAACAACAGAAUGGUGACGUAUAUGUAUGAGGAUCAGUCAUAUCCUGAUCAUCCAGACAGAUUUGGCCACUGGCCUCAGCUGCUAUGUAGAAAUGGUCUGACUGGUCGUUGUUACUGGGAGGUUAAGUGGACAGGAGAUGUUCAUAUAUCAGUGAGUUACAAAGGAAUUGGAAGAAGAAGAGACACAGACUGUUUGUUUGGAAGGAAUGAUCAGUCCUGGAGUUUGCGAUGCUGUGAUGGUUAUUCCGUCUGGCACAAUGGGAAAGAAACAGUCAUUUACUCCUCCUACUCUAUCCCUGACAGAGUAGCGGUGUAUGUGGACUGUCCAGCUGGCACUCUGUCCUUCUUCAGAGUCUCAUCUGGCAAUCUUAUCCACCUUCACACCUUCAACACCACAUUCACUCAACCUCUUUAUGCUGGAUUUGGGUUUGGGUGGUCUGGUUGGUGCCUCAGUUUCUUUGGUCUGAAUGACGCUUUUGUCAGUUCAUUUUGUAAGUGAUCAUACAGCUAAUUCCACAUACUUGUGUGUAAUUCCACUCUGCAUCUAAGCUGUGCUUCUCUCAAGACAAAGAAGGCAAACUGGCGCCUGUGUUUGGCUGUGCCGCUGCCUUUGUCCAUGUGUUUGUUUACUUUACAUGUUGUGCAAGUGUUUUUACUACAGAGGCCUCAUCGGUGGAAGUGGGGGAAGAGAGAUGGCUUUCUUGUGCUGAUUUGUUGGCUUCAGAGAGAAGUAGACCUUCGGGGGCUUUAUCCCUGGGCUACUGCCAGUAAUAUACACCUAAAACUUGUCGGAGCUGGAUUAAUCCCCACAACGCCCUGUGUUUACCACCCGAAUUGUCAUCUGAAAGCAUGGAAAGCCACGGCUCAUCGCAGCAGGAACCCUGAUUUGCUGUGCGGUUUACCUCAUAGUGCAGACUCUCUUCCAGGCCACCCUACACCUGUCCCGGUGGGUUGCAAUGUUAAAAUUAUGUUAAUUAAUGCCCGCUCAAUUGCCAACAAGUCUUAUAUCUUAAAUAACUUGUUCUGUGCAGAGAAGCUUGAUUUUUAUGUUUAUCUCUGAGACAUGGCAGCGUGAGAAUGAAGUCUUACAUCUUUUAGAGCUAUGUCCCGCAGGCUGUUCACUUCUCUGUGCACCUUGGAUAUCUGGAUGAGGAGGUGGAACAGCGUUAAUUUUUAAAAAAGACAUUUUAAUGCCAGAUGAUCUCUUCAAGCUGCUACAACCCUUUUGAGAUGAUUAUGAUUAAAAAUUGGAAGAGAUCAGCCCAUGUACGGUAUUGUAAUUUAUCGUCCACCUGGCUCUGCUGCAUCUUUUCUGUCAGACUUGCAAUAAUUUUUAACUUCGACUAUUAAAAUGGGCAAGGUCAUUGUGACUUCAACUGUAAUGCAGAACACUCAUCAAAUAGUACCACUAAGGAGUUCCUGAGCAUCAUGGACUUUGAAUUUUGUUCAGCAUGUAUCAGGUUGUACUCAUACUGCUGAGCAUACUCCGGACUUGAUCUUCACUUAUGGUGUUUCCCUUGAACACUUGAACUUAAAUGACGUUGUUUUUAGUGAACAUAAGUCAUUCUCUUUUAAUGUAUCUGUCAACUCAGAGUCUCUUCCCCAAGGUUUUAUUAUUGAUGACUCGAUCAUUUCUAAGUUUUCUUGUCUUUCUAAUUUUAAAACUUCUUCUGACAAUAUUGAGCUCCUUAUUAACUCUUUUAAUAAACACGGUCUUGCCACUGUCAAUCAGGUUACUCCUUUCAAAACUGGGCAUUGCUCUGUUAGUUCCUGCGCACCCAGGUUAAAUAAUCAAACUUGUGGUCUUCAACGCCUCUGUGGUGUCCAUCAUGAACACUUCAAAGAACUUCUUCACUUAUAUAAUGAGUCAGUGAAAGAGGUUAGACGCUCUUAUUUCAAAAAUCUUAUUUCUAAACUGCGAAAAAUGGUCUCCUUAACUGAAUUGGAAUAAAUUGCUCUUGCAUUUGUGUCAUCACGUUUAGAUUAUUGUAAUGCCCUGUUUACCACUUUGGACAAAUCAACUCUUUCUUGCCUCCAAGCUAUACAAGAUGCAGCAGCCAGACUACUAACUCAUUCUAGCAAGCGAGCUCACAUUACUCCUGUUUUAUAUUCUUUACAUUGGCUCCCAAUAGAUUUUAGAAUUCGUUUUAAAAUUCAUUUUUUUCACAUAAAGAGCACUGAAUGGCCAGGUUAUUUGGCCAUGGUCAGAUUAUUUAUCCAAGCUUCUUACAAAAUACACUGCUGCUCAUUGUCUCCGCUCACAGACUCAGAGUUUUUUGUUUUUUCCCCGUACACUACUGAAGACGAAAGGGGACAGAGCCUUUCAGUCUGUGGCACCAAUGCUGUGUAACAGUGUACAACCACAACUACACUUUGGUUGACUCUGUGGAAUCCAUUAAAAAGCAGUUAUAACUUUUCUGUUUAAACAAAUCUUCUGUUGAUAAAUGCUCUUUUUUUUUAAACUUUUUGUAUUAUUUAGAUUGUCUAUUUUGUUACUUAACGUUCUGUUUAUUUUAACUUUUGUGUGUACAGCGAUUUGUGACUGCCUGUAUAUGAAAAGCACUUAAUUAAUAAACUUUACUUACUUACUUACUUACACAUGCCAAAUUAAUGCUGUAAAUAAAUGCUGUAAAUACAGUUUACAGCAGUGUAAAUACAAUUUAAAUAUCAGAAGAUCAGAGCAGCUUCAUGAAAGGCUGAAACUCUUUCUCUAACAUUCACUCUCUUCUUAAAGUGUUUCCUCAACACUGUUCUGUACCUGUAGCAUUCACCGUUUUAUUCUUAGAUUUAAAGAGAGACUUUGAAGUACAGUCAAUUUGUCUUAAUUUUUUGUUCCAUUAUUCUAUCCAUUAUUUACUCUGCAUGUCAGGGUUUUCCCACAUACCAAAGAAAACGUUAUAUAAACCAGUUGUGAUACCUCUGACUGUUCUUGGUCAUUUUUUAUAGGCACUUUGUAAUUUGAGGUCAACAUAUUUUUUAUUUCACCAUUAUGUUAUAAGCACAAAGAGGGUGUUUUUUUUGUUUGUUUGUUUGUUUUUUAAUUGUUAUGCCUUGUGAAUUAUUGCUUGAUGUAUUGCUAUGAUUUUUUGUUUCUUAAUGGUCUAGU